AUGUCCCUACCUCGAGUCUCCUAUUUGGAGUCAUGGGAACAUAAUCCUGCCACAAUCCGUCGCCAAGACCAAUCAUCAGUACUCGAUUCAGAAGAUGAUGCGGCAUAUCAAGAACUUCCGGAAGAGUCGCUAUCGUCGUCGUUCCCUUCGACAUUUAGCUUUCCAGUCUCCAGGCAGCGCCUGAAUUUCAACCCUUAUGCCGGACCAGGCUGGAAUGAGGCAUCGGUAGAGGAUGCGGGAGACGAGCGUACCUCUCUCCUGAGAGUACCUUCUCAGAUACCUCGACCUGGUCACAUAGAGGGAGAAAGCAGGGUGACACAAAAUGGUCUUGUAAAACAGCAGGAAGCGUCGCUACUAGAGACAACGGGCGCGUUUGAAAUCUGUACUGCAGUAAUCUACUGUUUCCUUGCUGCGGGCGUUGUCUUUGGUUUCGCGGCACUGAAGCCAGUGUUAAUCCGAGAAGGCGUUUACCACAAUAUGUGCUCAAAAGAGGAGCUAAAUGAACGCCAAGAUGUGUGCUACUCACAGGAACUUCGCCUCAACCUGAUGUUCACCAUAGCCGCCGUGGCGACCAAUGUAUCUGCCCUUCCAGUCGGAACUAUUCUAGACACUUAUGGCCCACGCGUGUGUGGUAUCAUUGGAAGCGGUUUUCUUUGUCUUGGUGCUGCACUUUUUGGACUUUCGAGCAGCAUCGGUUUCGACGGGUACAUCCCAGGGUAUCUUUUCUUGUCUUUGGGCGGGCCGUUCAUAUUCAUCUCAUCCUUCCAUCUUUCGAAUACAUUUCCUACCCGCUCAGGUUUGAUCCUAUCCAUGCUUACAGGCGCAUUCGAUGCAUCCAGCGCACUCUUCUUAAUAUUCCGCCUGGUUAACGAGAACACAAACGGCCGGUUCACAACCGGAAGAUUCUUCCUAGCUUAUCUCAUUGUUCCAGUGCUUAUACUAGCCGCACAGCUUACCAUAAUGCCAGCAACUUCUUAUAAAACUGCUGGGGAGCUAGUCCAGCAAGCAGAAGCUGAGAUCUCCGCCGAAGCGAACGACAGAGUGGACGACGAUAUCUCAGAUAGGAAUGAAGGUGAACGGCAACGAAAUGACCGUCGCGUCCAGCGGCAAGAUAUCGUCAAUAAGAUCCAGGAUCUCCUAACAGAGACUGACCACGUCUCGAGAAACGAAGAACCGGCACUGAGAGCCAACGGAGGCGACCCAGAUACCCCACCAGCAACAAAGCCCCAGAACACCACCGGCGGGGUCUGGGGCGCAAUGCACGGCUGCUCGGCUCUGCAACAAGUUCGAUCCCCAUGGUUCGUCCUCAUCACCCUUUUCACUGUCCUCCAGAUGCUCCGAAUCAACUACUUCGUGGCGUCAAUGCGCCAGCAGUAUGAAUACCUGUUCGGGUCUCCCGAACAAGCCCGCAAGAUCAACGAGCUAUUUGAUUUCUUUCUUCCCCUUGGCGGUCUCGUUUCUGUGCCGUUUAUUGGCGCUAUCCUCGACAAUGCAAGUACCCCUUUUGUCCUCCUCGUACUCGUAUCAACCGCAACCGUGAUUGGUGUUCUCGGUUGCAUUCCCCAUAGCAUUGAAGCCGGAUACACGAACAUCGCCAUCUUCGUCAUUUACCGCCCGUUCUACUACACCGCUGUGUCGGACUACGCAGCCAAGGUAUUCGGCUUCCAGACAUUCGGCAAGGUCUAUGGACUCAUCAUCUGUCUAUCGGGAUUGGGCAAUUUCGCACAAGCUGGUCUUGACGCCCUCACCUUCAAGGUAUUUCACCGCAACCCGAUUCCCGUAAAUUCUAUCCUCACCCUCGUGACCUGUUUGGUCGGCAUCGGACUGGUUGGUUUCGUUUGGUGGAAAGCAAGGACCAUUUAUAUUACGAAGCCAGAGCUAGGAGCUCUGGAAAAUGGGGACGUCCAUGUUCCCGACGAUCAUGAUGGUAUCGCGAGUAGGGACUGGGAGCGGGAACCCCUGUUGUAUCGGCCUCCGUCGAACGUGGCGCGGCAUGCAGAGUCACCCUCAUACGGCAUUUCAGGUCCAUCGUAG